GGUCGCGAGGUCCCUUACUUAAAUGAAUCCCAAGCCUUUUUGCCGUCAAACCCACUUUUGUUCUUGAACGACCACGUUGUGGGCGAGAUUCGCGUAACGACCGUAGUCGCCGUCGUUCAAGAACACCAUGAAGUUCGACAUAUACAAUUUGACAGACGAGACGAUCACAGCAUCGUCUUCGAGGGCAGAGUCUGCUGCUUUUGUUUAUCUGCAGCCGCAGAAGCCAACGAGGGCUCCUGGGGGUGCAUGGAAACGGCUGUACCUAACCAAAACGUCUGCUGCUACCGACGCGACCGCCAAUGCCCAAGAGAAGGAAUCUGCAGGGACCUUCGAGAUCCCUCUGCCUGGAUCUUGGUCGAAGAGGAAGGGCUCCUGGAAUGAGGUGUCCCUCGCGGAGACCACACCAUGGAGAGUCUACUGCUACUGGUCCGCCCAAGCACUGGUCGUCCUGCCACGAAGGAACGUCUCCUCGUUUUUGGCAGACAUGCCUGAUUCACUACCGCUCUCUUCCCUACUCCUGCCAGGUACUCACGAAACGAUGGCUUUCUAUGGAUGGCCGGUAUCGCAGUGCCAAGAACCGAGUGAUACACUCUCAGCGCAACUCCUCGCUGGUAUCCGCGUUUUAGAUGUCCGACUAGCAGUCGUGCCCGUCACCGCCAAAUACCUCCCCUUCAACUUCAAGUCCAAAUCCACGCCCGCCCCCGUUCCCAAUCCAACCUCGACCGACCCACCUGGGGCAGUAACAGCCACAACAACGUCUGCCGAACCCGAACUUCGACUCCUCGCCUACCAUGGUAUCUACCCGCAGCGCACCCCGUUCACCACCAUCCUCAGCACCAUCCACACGUUCCUCAACUCACCCGCCGGCCAGAGUGAGACGAUCGUAAUGUCGCUGAAGCAGGAGGAUUUCCAGGUGACGUCGAAGGAUGUAUGGGCGCGGUUGGUGAGGGAGGAGAUCAUGGCUAGCCCUGGGGGUUUCAAGAACACUGGUCCGGAUGGGAAGAGGGAUAUGGGGAUGUGGUAUUUGGAGAAUCGGAUCCCGACGCUGGGCGAGGUUAGAGGGAAGGUGGUUAUGUUCAGUCGGUUUAAUGGUGACAAGCAGAAUUGGGAGGGUGGGACGCAGGGGAUGGGGAUCCACCCUACUCGAUGGCCCAAUAGUGAUAGGAACGGGUUUGUGUGGAAGCUGAAGGGCACGACAGUUAGAACGCAUGAUUGGUAUGCUAUACCCUCGUUCCUUUCCGUCCCAGAGAAGGUUACGCUUUCGACGUCCGUUCUACAUCCAACGAUCUCCGUCCCACUCACAUUCCCCCUUCCCGAGCCCGGGAACGUCUACGACGAUACCGAGCCACAGCUCAGCAUCACCUACCUCUCCGCUGCAACCUUCCCCCUCGCCCUCCCACCUUUUGUAGCCAAAGGCAUCGGUUUCCCAGGCUGGAAACUGGGCUUCGAAGGAGUGAAUUCCAGAACGGCAAAGUGGUUAUUGGAAGAGCUCGUGCCUGCGCUGAGGAGUACACCCGCAGCACAGCUGCACGAUCAAGCGGUUGCUAAUGCGGACGUUAACACUGCUACGAGGGAUGGGCCUGUGGAUCCUGAUACCCUUAGAAGGAGGAGGUUGCGGUGGUGGAGGAAGGAGAAGAAGGUGGUGGAUGAUAGAGGUGCUGCUGCGCGUGGUGCGCAAGCAUCUGCUUCGGGCGUCGCCAAUGCCGGUGGUGUAGAUGGGGCGGAUCAGACGCAUGCCUCGGAUACCCAAGUUAUACCAUCGACUACGAUGGAGUCGAGGAGGCUGAGGGGAUGGGUGAUGUUGGACUAUUACACAUCUGAUUCGGGGCUGGUUCCUCUCCUUAUCGAAUGCAAUUACAGAGCGAGGAAGAGUGGACAGGAGGGAUGGCCUUAG